CAUCUCUAUGUUUAUGUUACAGCUAGUCUGUUGUGCAGUACGGUUAUGUUUAGUUGUAGAUUAGUUAGUUGUGUGUAGCAUUACUGUUGCAAAUGGCGAAUGAUAGAGAAAUACUGAGAGAGAUUUGGAAUGGGCGGAUACCGACGUGUUUUCAUUUAAAUUCAGAAGAAGUGCAUGACGUUCAGGUUCCUGAUCCAGUGUACCUGAUGAUUCCUAGGUUAAGCUAUUUCCCAUUAGUGACAGAUAAGAUACGUAAACAUUUCAUUCGUCAUAUACACCCAGAUAAACAGAAUGCAGAAAUGUGGCUGGACUACAAUGGUCAAGCUCUUAAAUGGCAUUAUCCAAUUGGUGUCCUUUAUGAUUUGUACGCAUCUGAAAGUAACUUGCCUUGGAAUAUAACUGUACAUUUUGAAAAAUUUCCUGAAACAGAAUUACUUCACUGCCCUGGUAGAGAAGCUGUGGAAUCACACUUCAUGGCCUGUGUGAAAGAGGCGGAUGUUCUAAAACACAGAAGUCAAGUUGUAUCAAACAUGCAAAAGAAGGACCAUAUGCAGUUGUGGCUUGGCCUGCAGAAUGAUAAGUUUGAUCCAUUUUGGGCAACCAAUAGAAAACUCAUGGAAGUUACUGGUGAUGAGACAUUUAAGUAUAUACCAUUCCGCUGUUAUAAUAGUGAGGAGCCAUUCCUGCAGAAACUGGUGAAACCUGUGACAGAAGAGGGGCAGCGCAAAACCCUUCAGCAUUUGCUACAAGAAGUCUACCCAAAUUUACCCAACGUACGAGUGGUAACCCACGGAAUUGAACCUCCAUUAGACACUCCUCUGCAGUGGAUGAGUGAACAUCUCAGUUACCCAGACAACUUCCUGCAUUUGUGUGUUCACACAUAAUAUUUAAGAAUAUAGCUUUAUUUUCUUAUUAAUUUAUGGACUUUAUAAAUUUCACGUUAUUUUCUCUUUGAGACUAGUUGUUUUUGUUUUGCUGUUUAUUUUAUGUAUUAUUUUAUAUUUUUAUAUUUUGUCUUAUUUAAGAUACCUGCCUAGUCCACUAUCAUGUAUACAUUUUGUGGUCAAUGGAACAGUUUUGUGUUCUUUUGUCCAUUGUUGUGCAAAAUUGUAUUAGCUCAUAAUGUUGGUUAUAAUUAUCGAGUACACAGGUGGGAAUUCUUAACAUGUACUUUUUGAGUGUAAUUGUA